AGCCCAAUCCCAAUGGAGGGGCGUACAUCUUCUAUUUUACUCUCCACGACCUACUGAACCCAGAAGCCUUGAGGAGAGGUUUUGCUUAAACCAUUUGUAAAAUACAGAAGAAAUGCAGAGAUGGUGUGGAAAGUUUCCAUUUUGGGCUCUUUCUUCUUCGCCAAAUCUUCCAUCAAUAUCAUCUUCUCGUCGUCUUCUUUAUUCCGCUCCGCAGUUUCGUGAGCCACUUUCAUUUCCUUUUACCGAAACUGCUUUAAAGACGUUCUUUGGUUAUGCUUCUUCAGGGGCUCUUCCUCCAUUGUUGGAUGUAGGGUUUCGAUCUUCAUCUACUCAUUUUUUGUUGAAUCAAAGGCGUUACUUUUCGUCGAAGGAGCGGAAGAGAAAACCUGUCACUCCUGUUACUUCCAAGUUGAAGAAAAUUAAAAUCAAAUCCUACUCAUCAUUCAAGCACAGAUUUAAAACAAUGAAUGAUGGUACGAUUCGGCGAUGGAGGGCAGGGAAACGACACAAUGCCCAUUUGAAGCCCAAGAAAUCAUGAAAUUCUUAGCUACCUG